AUGCUUUCAACCAUUACUUUUUCGACUGAUAAAGGAUCUUAUUCAUUCCCCAAAGAUGCUUUCGUUCAACAUGUACAUAAACAAUUUUUGCAAGAAAAAAAGAGUUUCUUGCUCAUCCCCAUCCCAAACACAAAUGAUUUUGUUCCGGCAGACGUUGUGAAACAGAUCGCUACUGAAUCGGACGAUAUGCAAAAACAACUAGAUAUUGUAUUGCAAACAAUUCCCGAUCACAAUGAAAGCUUGAAAGACUUUCAUUACACUUUUACGAGCAUGCCUGAAAAGCCUGAUGAUCAAUUGUUUGAACAAGAUCCGUCUGCUUACAUCAACGCUCUGGAAUUACUGAGCGAUGAUAAGCCUGGUUUGUUUGUGAAUGACAUUGAUGGUGGCAAAUUUCAUUUUGUUUCACAACGACACUACGAUGCACUUGGAGAUUUUGUAAUGAAAUAUGUCCAGGACGAAUUGUUGAUCAAUAGAUGUAAAUUGGAUGAGUAUUGGUUACCAUUAGAGUCUAAUCUUUCUCAUGACCAAAUGGUGAACAUUUUUAUGAGCAAGGAUGCCCUUACCAAUCCAAACAAAUUGAUGGUGUUGAUUCAAGGAUCUGGAGCUGUUCGACCUGGACAAUGGGCUCGUGCUUUGUGCAUGAACGAUUCUUUGAAAACAGGAACUCAAUACAAUUAUAUUGUUCAAGCAAUGAAAGAAGGUUAUGGAGUCAUUGUUCUCAAUCCAAACCAAAAUCAUUAUAUUCCUCCACAUAUGGACGAUCCUAUCAAGUACAAGAAGGAAGGAUAUCUUAAUAGAAAUAAGCCUGAGCCAUUAGCAAAGACUGCCAAGCAACCAAUUCUCCAUAAUCAAUCUCCACCUGACCAUACUGUAUAUGUUUGGGAUAACUUUAUUCAAAAAGCAGCCGCUAAGGAUAUUGUUAUUGUCGCCCACUCUGCUGGCGGUUGGUGUACAAUGGAAUUACUCAAACAACGUACUCAAGCCACUCUUUCUAAGGUUAGGGGUAUUGCCUUUACCGAUUCUGUUCAUUCUGUGUAUUCUUCUGAUCCUAAACCAGUCCGAGAUUUCAUUGUUGAUCAUGCUGUUAAUUGGGUUACAAGUGACAAACCAUGUGACAUGGUCGUGAGUAGAAAAAGAACAGGAUCAGCGUGUGAAUGUCGUAGUGCUGGACAUAUGAAACACGAGCAUACUUCUGAGUUUUGUAGAGAAGCAGUCUUCCCGUUCCUACAAGCAAAAAUUCAACAAAAUAGCCAUUAA